GGGACCAUAGAAACGACAUCGGACACAUCACAUGCAGCCUUUUGCAACGACCAUUCUUCGCAGCCGUGCGAACCCAUUAGCCACUGCACACACUCUUCCCUCGAAUCCCAGCUGGAAAUACUAUCUGUCAAAUUCGAGCUCUCACUUGCAUCGCUAGGGGGGCAAUCGCGGGAUGAGGUUAGCCGGACGCCCUUUUGCAUUGGUCAUCUCCUCGACAACCUGUCAACAGCCUUGCAGAAGCAUCCGGAUCUAUCCCGACCAUCAAAAGCCUUGACCACUCUAAGCGGCCGCUGCCUGGGACACCCCGUGGAAUCAGUGCUGAGCUGAUGCUAAGAUCAUCACCGUCGCACCCAUGUCUCCCGCGGCAACCAACCCCGCGAGCGCCCAGAUAAUGGGAUUCGUCACCCGCUGCGCCGGCUCAAACUGUCAGCACUCUAUGCGGUAUAGCCUGAUGCGCGCUUCCCGGGAAUGCAGCGGCCGUUGAGGACCGCACGGGACGUCAAAACGGCAGAGGGUGAGUGGCACAGCGUCUGGCAUCCCUUUGAUGGAAGGGAACAACAGCAAGUGUGAGCCAUCGCCCACACUGCGCGCACACACACCGAGCUGUCGCCGGACAGCACAGGACCCUGAUGCCUCUCUUGGCUGUUCCGGGCCAUGUGCAUCUGCAUCUACAUACUCACAUGCGGUGCUACCCGAAAAGUGUACGAGGCGCAUGGCCCUUUCGCCCUGGCCGGUGCCGCACUGCCUUCGCUUGUUUCGCUUGUUACAAGUACUGGCCAAGCACGAUGCACCAGCCGUGAGUGGCGCCCUCGCAACGUCGCCCGCAGACAGGGCUUCCAAUUGGAGGCUGCGGCAUUUCGGCAAUGCUGGUGAGCGCCGCUGAUUCGCCAGAGCACCCGGCCCUGUGUUUUGUGACAGGUCGUUUGCAAGCGAAACUGGGCUUACCUGUCUGGGGAACUGGGAACCACGAUACCUGAGGGGGAUCUCUUCCCUCUCUUGUUCUCCACAGCCUCGGGGCACUAUGCGAACAAAGACUACGAAAUGACGAUCACGGCCAUGAUUUGGUUCUUUUUUUUUUUUUGCCCACUUGUUUUAUUUUUGGCUUGUUUUUUUUUUUUCUUCCUUUGUUCCGCACAAGUUCUUUUUACGAUACCCCCAUCUUGCUAAAUUAUGCACGGCGACUUUUGGGGCAGAAAAGACGGAUACCGCUAGGCCGCGCCGAGCUGCAAGUGACGAAUAGCUUGGCUACCAGUUCCUAUGCGCGACAGGGGUCUGGGCCUUGGACUCUUGCUUGUACGCAAAAGAGAGCAAGAAAAAAAAAAGAGAUGCCGAAUCAGCGACAAUGGCACGAGUGGGCUCCGUCGCUCGCUCGCCAUUCGGAGGCUAGCCUUGCGGACCAGACCAAUUCCUGUUCCUUGGCAUGCACCGUGGUCUCGCUAUUUCUGGCUCGCUCUUUUUUCUUACAGAGCUCCUUUGGCAUAGCCACUGACGUCUUCAUUACUUGGUGUACACGUUUAUUUUUUCUUUUAUUUCCUUGCAUACCUACUACAGGCGCUGAGCGCCAAGAGGGGAGGGACCCCGACAUGAUGCAUAUACGACGACGGGAUGAAAUUGAAAGAGGGGCCUGGGAUAAACGGAUAUUUUCUUUCUUUUCCUCUUCUUCUGUUCACUUCUUCCGCUUGCGCGAGAUCGCAAUGCGUGCAUUGACUAUUAUCACUUUAUUAUGCUUUUAUUUUUUUUGUCGUUGGUGCGCUGCGAUAUAGACUGCGAGAAUCAUCUCUUUUUAGUUUUAUAGUGAUACCAUCUGGGCCUGCGAAGCCUAUGCUAUUUAGUAUUAGAAUACGAAAUCAUCUUCUCAUGACUACAAAUUAUGAUUACUCUGUGCAUCGAUUAUUUGUCAUUUGUUAUGCUGUGAAUAAAGCAAUGUAUGAAUGGUUUUUGUGAAGAUUGGACUGCAGCUACCUAACCAUCUCCGUCUUGGGGCCAAGGCCGGUCCGGGGCCAAGCCUGGGCGGGCGGUUGGCCAUGGCCAUGACUUGCGACGCAUUCUGGAUUCUGUCACUUUUUUUCUUCUUGUCUUUUUUAUCAAGUACUGCGGCUGCCGUCCGUUGUCUUACAUUUGAAAAGCAAGUGAUGAACUUUAUUGGAUUAUAAGGGACUAGAUGCUGCGGGAGGGAUUAGUGGUAGGCAUGUGUAUGCAGGUAUCAAAUGAUUCAUGGAGCAAAGCGUUGACUGCGCGAGGCUGCAGGGAGAGAGGCCCAUGCUGCUAUAACAUGUCUGUUUUUUUUUUAUAUAUAUUAAAUUGUUCUGAUAUAUGAGUGAAAGAGGGGGGUGUAUAAGGCAUCAAUGUUUGCAGAAAAAAAAACAAAUUAAGGCUGUUGUUUGAUUCUGCGGUGUGACUUGUUUGCGAGGCCUACAUAUAUGCAGGGUGCACGUACAUACAUGCGCAUGGGCAGAAAAAAAAAAAAAAUCUGAUAGGACUUGCUGUUUGGCAGGGGGAUGGGCAUGCACAUGCAGGUAAAUGGGUAUAUGGGCGUUUUUUUUUUCAAAUUUGUGCGGUGUGUUGGCUGCUUUUUGCUGCGAUGUAAUGCUAUGUGAUGCGAGGCUACGUGGU